AGAUGGUUUUAAAAAUUUCUUUUUCAGGUUUGAGUUGAUCUCGCUAAACUGCAGCCAUGGUGCAGAAGUACCAGUCCCCUGUACGGGUGUAUAAACACCCUUUUGAGUUAAUUAUGGCUGCAUAUGAAAGAAGGUUUCCUACAUGCCCUCUGAUCCCCAUGUUUGUAGCCAGUGACACUGUAAAUGAGUACAAGAGUGAGGAUGAGGCCAUCCACGUGAUCGAGCGGCGCUGCAAGCUGGACAUCGAUGCACCACGGCUGCUGAAAAAGAUUGCAGGAGUGGACUACGUCUACUUUGUCCAGAAGAACUCUCUGAACAGGCGCGAAAGGACUCUGCAUAUAGAAGCCUACAAUGAGACCUUCUCUAACAGAGUCAUCAUUAACGAGCACUGCUCCUACACAGUUCAUCCUGACAAUGAAGAUUGGACCUGUUUUGAACAGUCAGCAAGCCUGGAUAUCAAAUCUUUUUUUGGUUUUGAGAGCACAGUGGAAAAGAUUGCCAUGAAGCAAUACACCAGCAAUAUUAAAAAGGGAAAAGAAAUAAUAGAGUACUACCUGAAGCAGCUGGAGGAAGAAGGAAUAACUUUUGUCCCUCGCUGGACUCCUCCUGUUGCAUGUAAAUCAGAGAGCAGCACAUCCCACCCAAGGAGACCAGUGUCACCUGCCAUUAAUAUCCCAGAGUCUGCCACAAAGGAGGGCUUGAGCAACAAGGAGAUCCUCAACACCUCCAGCAGCCCCUCGGAGCCCACCACAGGAACGCCCGAUGAUAAAUUGGAUGCAGACUACAUCAAGAGGUACCUGGGGGACCUGACCCCGAUGCAGGAGAGCUGCCUCAUCCGCCUGCGGCAGUGGCUCCAGGAGACACACAAAGGCAAAAUCCCAAAGGAUGAGCACAUUUUAAGAUUCCUGCGUGCUCGGGACUUCAACAUCGACAAAGCAAGAGAGAUCCUUUGCCAGUCACUGACGUGGCGUAAGCAGCAUCAGGUGGAUUAUAUUCUGGACACCUGGAAUCCUCCCCAAGUGCUCCAGGAUUACUAUGCAGGAGGCUGGCAUCACCAUGACAAAGACGGGCGCCCGCUCUACGUGCUGAGGCUGGGCCAGAUGGACACCAAGGGCCUGGUGCGAGCGCUGGGGGAGGAGGCCCUGCUGCGCUACGUUCUUUCAAUAAAUGAAGAAGGGCUGAGGCGAUGUGAGGAGAAUACAAAAGUGUUUGGCAGGCCAAUAAGCUCUUGGACCUGUCUAGUAGAUCUGGAAGGCUUGAACAUGAGGCAUUUAUGGAGACCUGGUGUCAAGGCCUUGCUGAGAAUCAUUGAGGUGGUUGAAGCUAAUUACCCUGAGACCCUGGGUCGUCUACUUAUCCUAAGAGCACCUCGAGUAUUCCCAGUUCUCUGGACACUGGUUAGUCCAUUCAUUGAUGACAACACUAGGAAGAAAUUCCUUAUUUAUGCUGGAAAUGACUACCAGGGUCCUGGGGGACUGCUGGAUUAUAUUGAUAAAGAGAUUAUCCCUGAUUUCCUCGGUGGAGAGUGCAUGUGUGAAGUACCAGAGGGUGGGCUGGUUCCCAAGUCCCUCUACCGGACAGCAGAAGAGUUGGAAAAUGAAGACAUCAAGCUUUGGACUGAAACAAUCUACCAGUCUGCAAGUGUCUUCAAAGGAGCUCCCCAUGAGGUUCUCAUCCAGAUCGUGGACGCCUCGUCAGUGAUCACAUGGGAUUUUGACGUGUGCAAGGGCGACAUCGUUUUUAACAUCUUCCAUUCCAAAAGAGCCCCCCAGCCUCCCAAAAAGGACUCUCUGGGGGCUCACAGUAUUACAUCUCCUGGUGGGAACAACGUUCAGUUGAUAGACAAAGUCUGGCAGCUGGGGCGUGACUACAGCAUGGUGGAGUCUCCCCUGAUCUGCAAAGAAGGGGAGAGUGUGCAGGGCUCCCACGUGACCAGGUGGCCUGGCUUUUACAUUUUACAGUGGAAAUUCCACAGCAUGCCUGCCUGUGCUACAACCAACCUGCCUCGUGUGGAUGAUGUGCUGGCAUCUCUGCAGGUGUCCUCUCACAAAUGUAAAGUGAUGUACUAUACAGAAGUGAUAGGAUCUGAAGAUUUCAGGGGAUCUAUGACCAGCCUUGAAUCAAGCCACAGUGGAUUCUCCCAGCUCAGUGCUGCCACCACCUCCUCUAGCCAGUCCCAUUCCAGCUCCAUGAUUUCCAGGUAGUGCCACGACAGCUGAAAAGCAAAUGGAUGUGAUGGCUGGACCCUCGCCCGUGGCAGCUGACUGCAAUACAGCAUAUUCAACUGGCAAUUGUGCAAAAAAAAACCCACCCCAAAAAACCUUUUAUAGAUAGUAAAGUAGCUGUUUGAAUUUUA